UUAUUCCUCUAAAGUUUUAGUGCAUUUCACUGAAUACAUAAUCUAUGGAAGUCGGUAAUAAGCCUCAUGCUGUAUGCAUUCCAUUGCCAAUGCAAAGCCAUAUAAAGGCAAUGCUUCAGUUAGCUAAAAUCCUCCACCACAGAGGUUUUCAUAUUACCUUCGUCAACACAGAGUUCAAUCACAAGCGCUUUCUUAAAUCUCUUGGACCCAACUCUCUUGAUGCCUUGCCUGAUUUUCGCUUUGAAACUAUUCCAGAUGGCCUUCCAAAUUCAGUUGAAAGUGAGACCCAAAACAUCCCUUUGCUUUGUGAUUCCGUCAGAAGAAAUUGCUUGCAUCCGUUUCGUAACAUCCUUAACAAACUAAAUGGAAAUAUGGUUCCCGUGACUUGCAUCGUCUCUGAUGGUUUCCUUACGUUCACCAUCACAGCUGCUGAAGAACUGGGCAUCCCUGUAGUGCAAUUCUUUACGUUGGCUGCAAUAGGAUUCCUGGGAUGUAAACAACUUCCCACUUUGGUGGAAAAAGGACUUGCACCACUCAAAGAUGAGAACUGUUUAACAAUUGGAUCUGUGGACAAGGUAAUAGAUUGGAUCCCCGGAAUUAAAGAUAUCCGUCUCAGGGAUCUCCCAAGCUCUUGGAGAACGACAAACCCCGACAACAUCUUGUUUAACUUCACCUUGGAAGCAGUAAAGAGAGUUCAUAAAGCUUCAGCGGUUGUUGUUCAUACUUUUGAUGCCCUGGAGCCAGAUGUUCUAGAUUCUCUCUCUAAGAGUACAUCUCUGCUUCCACCAGUUUAUGCCAUUGGCCCUCUCCAAUUACUUAUCAAUCAGAUACCAGAACACCCUCUGAAGUCCGUGGGGUACAGUCUAUGGAAAGAAGAAACAGAGUGCUUGCUAUGGCUCAACUCUAAGGCAAAAAAUUCAGUUGUUUAUGUCAACUUUGGCAGUUUAGUAGUCAUUAGAGCAGACCAUCUUAUUGAGUUUGGCUGGGGACUUGCAAAUAGCAAGCUUCCCUUCUUGUGGGUUAUUAGACCUGAUUUGAUUAUUGGGGAAUCAGCGAUUCUGCCACCUGAGUUUGUGGCUGAAACAGAGGGAAGAUGUCUAGUAGCAAGUUGGUGCCCACAAGAACAAGUGCUUAACCAUCCAUCAGUCGGAGCGUUUUUAACACAUUGCGGUUGGAAUUCGACCAUGGAGAGUAUUUCUGCUGGAGUGCAUAUGCUCUGUUGGCCAUUAAGUGGUGACCAGCCUAUAAACUGUCGCUAUGUUUGCAAUGAGUGGGGCAUCGGCAUGGAGAUCAGUAGUGAUGUGAAGAGAGACGAAGUAGAGAAGCUUGUUAAAGAGUUGAUGGAGGGAGAGAAGGGUAGGAAAAUGAAAAGUAAGGUCAUGGAGUGGAAGAAGCUAGCAGAAAAGGCCAGUGGUCCACUUGGUUCUUCAUCCAUAACCCUAGACAAUUUAGUCAAUGAAGUGCUAUUGAGCAAAGCUAAUGUUGUUCCCAUUUCAUAACCAAAUUUACUGCUAGAGGUUAUUGUCUGAGCGGCAGACUACCCAGACGUUCUCUCUACUACCAUUUUUAAUUUCAAUUUGCUGUAUGUUUUAUAUUGAUCUCAGUGUUCCAUUGUUUAGCUUUGCAAACUUUUGUUGUUCAAAAUAAGGUCUACUGCUUUGGCUUGCCGAGGAAACAAUACUGCUAGAUGUGUAAGUUUUUCUCAGUCUGUUAAGUUUUACGUGUUCAAUUUGUUAUAAAAGUGGUUGAUGAAUUUUGUAACUGGCUGGUUCAGGGAAGGACUAUCAGUUUAUUCAUCAAUCUGGAGGUUCUGGUG